GAGCAAGCAACGAAACAUCUCCUGACACGACACCAACAGCUACAGGAACGGACACAUCAUCUUCAGCAACAAUUCCAGCAAUGGACUUCUGCAAGCCAAAUCCUUGUGGAAACAAUUCGGCUAAAUGUGUUGCUUUAAAGAGCAAUUUUACCUGCCUGUGUCAAUAUGGAUUCUACUAUAGCGAAGAAGAUUGUCACAGAGGAAAAAUAUUCCCAGGGAUCAUUACACUGAAAGUAGCUUACAAUGAUAGUGUUCAAAUUGUAAAUUCUGUGGAGUAUGAAGACCUGUUCCAACGUUUAACAAUGUUUUUUAAGGAUGCCUUCAACAAUUCACUUUUUAAACAGACUGUCAUUGUGGAAAUUCAACCUCAGAAAGAAAGCAGAGCUGCUCUUCUAACAACUGUAACAGUGACAAACCUCUUCACAAAGGAUGCAGACAUAGACUAUGAAAAAGUUAGUUCUGCAAUAAAUAAUGCAACAAUAAAUUCAUCCCUUGUUUCUAAUUACGCAGCUACAACCUAUUGUGCUGCUUUUAAGUGUGAUGCCCAAACCACAGACUGUGAAGAAAGUAUGUUUCCAAAAUGCAUAUGCAAAAAUAAUUUCUCAAUGACAGAAUGGGAUGAUCGUUCUUGUUCAGAUUGCAGUAAAGACUGUUCUGCAGAAGAAAAUGAGUACUGUGCAAAAGAAAAAGGGAUUCCAACAUGCAAGUGCAUGCCUGACUUUGAACAGAAGAAUGGAAAAUGCGUAUCUUGUCCAGUGGGCUACUCUGGGGAGAACUGCAAGAAUGAUAGCAAACUCAUCCUUAUAAUAGUGGGUACAGUGUUUGGAGCCAUUAUCCUGAGUUUAGUGAUAGCAGUCUCUAUUGUUUCAGUAAGAGCCAAACACAAACAAGAUCCAGAGAAGAAGAGCCUGAUAAGGUCAGGAUAUUCCAACCCAAAUACCUCUGAUGACAGACAGACCACGAUGUUCCCCAGAGUCCAGACCACUUCUGGCCAUGCGAACCCAGGAUAUCAGCCAAACAACCCAUAUGAGAUGCGUUCCUCAAAUAGAGGUCGUUUUCCGGAGAGAGAUUAUGAUGAUUUGUACGAAAUAUCACGGGAGCCUGAGGGCUUUAGGAUGCAGAGGAGAUACUAA